GUCAUUACAUCUCGGCGCACUUCCGCUCCUCCAGCAAACGGGGAAGUCGGACCGUCUCCGUGUCUCCGGUGAUCCUCCGCCGAUCGUGGUGUUGUGCUGCCGGUGUCGGGAUGGCGAUGUCCACGUUUCAGAAGGUGACCCUGGCGACCUGCCUCGUGCUGUGUGUCGCGCUGCUGCUCCCUAAGAUGCUGUUAUCGCGAGGGAGGAAGGAUGCUGGCGAGCGGCCGGAAGGUUCAGGUCGCUUCCCUCCGAUGAUGCACCGUCAGAUGGCUACAGAGAGCCGAGGCCAGAAAGCUGCAGGGUCCGGCUUCUCGAGGGCCCACAACCCCGAGGCCAUAGCCAGGGCCAAGGGAGCAGGAACAGGGGCAGGAGCUGGAGGCAAAUCCAACCUGGCAGGACAGAUCAUCCCCGUGUACGGCUUCGGCAUCUUACUCUACAUCCUCUACAUACUGUUUAAGAUCACAUCUAAGGGGAGCAGCAAGCCGUCAGAGGGCAGGUUUCCCUCAGUUCGAUCGGAGAACAUGAAGAGGAAGAUCACUGACUUCGAGCUGGCUCAGCUGCAGGAGAAGCUGAGGGAGACGGAGCUGGUGAUGGAGACUAUCGUUUCCAACGCCCACCACAGCCCUGACAGGGUGAAGGGAGUGACGGUUGAUCAGGAGGAGAGUCUCCUGCAGCAGCUGACGGAGAUAACUCGAGUGAUGCAGGAGGGCCAGCUGGUGGAGGGGAUGGCUCCUGAGAAGAAACCUCAGGACGACUGGGAAGAUUAUCCUGAGGAGCCUCAGCCGUACUGGGACCCUUCCCACUGCUGCUGUCAGCACGGUGAGCAGCAGCACAGUCCUCAUAGAGAGCCAGAGGCUGACGAGACUGAAAUUAAAGGGACCAACCUGGCAGAUGCUCCUCCUGAGGAUCUUACAGGAGAAGCAGAGGAUCUGAGCGAAGGUGCUGUGAGAGAAUCAGAUUUGACGGCAGCGAGUGAAGAGGGUGUGGGGCCGCAGAGUGAUUCAGGGGUGACUGAGCAGGAGGAAGCGAAUAAACACGAGGGAGACGAUCAGAUAUAUCUGGGCGUCCCAGACGAGGACCUGGCUGGAGUUCUGAAGGAGCUGGAGUUCACGCUGAAGAUGACGACUAUGAUGGAGCAGGAGAGGAUAGAAGACCUCACCAGGCCAACAGAAACGUCUUCCAGCUCGGUCAGACGGAGGAACAAGAGGAGGGCUAAGAAAGCCGUACACUGACUCCUACAUGAAGCACAUAAACUUAAGCCUGGGCCUGGAUGUGAGGACAGAUUCAGUUUUUUACUUCUGUUCUCAUUAGAUAAGCAGUAGCAUGAAAGAUGGUGAUAGCAUGAAAAUGAAUCGCCAGCCUUGUUAAUCUUAACUUGAAGUGUAGAAAUGUGUGUACAGAGUGGUUUUAUAACAUUAAUAUAAGCUUUAUUGACAGGUUAAAAACUAUAUAGUCUUGUUUAUACAAUGCUCGCUAUCUUAUACAUUAAUACAAGUCUGCACAAUGUAGGAGCUCAUCAGGGUUUUGAUGUAAAUUUGUGAUGAAGUGGAAAUGCUUCCAAGACUUCUCCAGGUCCAGCCUUGAUUUAAAGUAAUCUGAAUGCCACAGAAGUGUUGAGUUACAUUUCUUGAUUUACUCUGUUAAAGCUGUUCUGUGUCAGCAGAUAAUCCAACAUUUAGUGCUUCAAUCAGAAGUGGUUUAAACAUGUAUGAACAGUGAAGAACAAGACCAAAAAUGGGAAGCACUUAUGCAAUUGAUGGAUGCUGGAUCUACAAAUAUUUAGAUUAAUGGAAUUUACACAGGUGAUUGUGCCUUUUCUCACCUUUGUCUACAACAAAACACUACUAUCAAAUGCCGUCAUGGUCAGCUUCAUCUGAUUUUUCCUUCCAAGAUGAGACUCUUUACAGACAUUCUCCUGGGCUCCUGCCCUCAGUGUGAAUAGAGUCACAAAAGAACUGUAUUAAAUUUAAGAAAAGGUGGAAACACUUGUACAUUAAUAGCUUCCUCCUCAUUACGGGGCCGUGUAAUGGAGAAAUGUCUUCUGUAAGAGUAACUUUAAGCUGCUAUAAGCAAAGCACCUGCAAAAGCAUAUCAGUAAUUGAAAUAAUGCAAGUUAAAUAAAUUUUUUCUCCUGA